CUCUCCGAGAAGAAAGAAACCCUCUCUUCCCUCCUUUCUCCCACCCAAGUUGCGAUUCGACGCCAAGCGGGCAGCCAGCAGCGCCGAUCUUUCCUUCUUCUGGCCGUUGUCGUUGCAGACAAGAGGAAUGAUGCAGCCCUUCCGUCUCGCCCACCGCGGCCUUGGCCCCAUGGCGCGGCAAGCCCCGGCCAGUGCGCUCCGACAUAAUGCGCUCCGAGCUUCGGCAUUUCACUCUUCGAGCAACAGAUUGGCGCUCCAAAAGUUCAUGAUGCCAGCCAUGAGUCCGACGAUGACAGAGGGCGGCAUCGCAGCUUGGAAGAAGCAACCUGGUGAUACCUUUUCGGCCGGCGAUGUCCUUCUCGAGAUUGAAACGGACAAGGCCACGAUGGACGUUGAGGCGCAGGACGACGGUAUCAUGGCCAAGAUCAUUGUCGAGGACGGCGCAAAGAACGUGCCCGUCAACUCGGCUAUUGCCAUCAUUGGCGAAGAGGGAGACGACAUCUCGGGUGCCGAUGCCCUGGCUGCUGAGGCAGAGAAGGAAGGCCCGCCCAAGCAGGCUGAACCAGAGGCGCCCAAGCACGAAGAGACACCAGAGCCUCCCAAGGAGCAGGAGUCCAAGCCCGAGGAGUCAAAGAAGGAAGAGUCGAGCGCCAAGCAGGAGGAGGCGCCCUCGCGAGCCUCUGGCGAACGCGUGUUUGCCAGCCCACUUGCUCGCAGGCUUGCCCAGGAGAAGGGCAUCCCCCUCGGCCAGGUCAAGGGCUCGGGCCCCAACGGACGCAUCGUCAAAGCCGACAUUGACAGCUACAAGGCGCCCGCCGGCCAAAGUGCUGCUCCUAGCGCUGGUGCCGGCGCUCCCGCGCCUUCGGCUGCCAAGUCGGCACCGGCACCUUCCGGCGCGUCGUACGAGGACAUUCCUGUGUCCUCAAUGCGUCGCACCAUUGCCGGUCGCUUGACCGAGUCCAAGCAGCAGCUGCCCCACUACUACGUCUCGAUCGACGUCGAGAUGGACAAGGUCCUACGCCUGCGCCAGGUCUUCAACGAGGCAUCGGAGAAGAAGGCCGGCGGCGAUGCGCAAAAGGCAAAGGAGGCCAAGCUGAGCGUGGGUGACUUUAUCACAAAGGCUGCCGCCGUGGCGCUGCGAGAGGUUCCCGAGGUGAACGCAGCAUGGUACGGCGAAUUUAUCCGACAGUACCACACCGCCGACAUUUCCAUUGCCGUGGCCACGCCCACGGGCCUGAUCACGCCCAUCGUCAAGGACGUCGGAGGAAGUGGCUUGACGACGAUCAGCGCCUCGACUAAGUCGCUCGCCUCUAAGGCCAGGGCAGGAAAGCUCAAGCCGGAAGAGUACCAGGGCGGCAGCUUCACCAUCUCCAACAUGGGCAUGUUCGGCAUCACUCACUUCACCGCCAUCAUCAACCCGCCGCAGAGCGCGAUCCUGGCCAUUGGCGGAACCGAGCCCAGGAUGGUCGUCGAUGAGGCCGAGGAGAAGGGUUGGAGAAAGGCCAUGGUGAUGCAGGCCACCAUCAGCGCCGACCACCGGAUCGUCGAUGGCGCAACGGCGGCCAGGUGGAUGAAGGCAUUCAAGGAUGCCCUCGAGAACCCCUUGAGCUUCAUGCUAUAGAUUCGUCCUUUUUCCCUUUCUUUCCUCAUGACUCAAUGUAACAAAUGAAUGGCCAACUCAGCAG